CAUCCUUUUUCCACUGUCCUUAAUUAAGAAGGAUCCUUUUCUCGAAGACUUCAUCUGUCUAUUUAUGCUUUGCCUCCAUUGAAUUAUAAGACCAGACCAAAACAAAGACUCCUCGUUCUUCUAACAUGCCUUUUCUCAUCGGAGAUACUCGCCGGAUCUUGUUCUUAGACCAUGAAAAGAUGAAGAACAAAGAUGGAUGCAAGUCCAGCAUCAUCUUCAUCGUCAGUUCUGAAUCAGCCCAUCAUAAGAAACUUAUGUCAGAACCAGGAAUCCGGGUGGGUUCUCAGGUCAUCCCCAUCAUCGCCCCUGAUCUAUGCGUGGAUGAACAAGAUUUUCUAGCUUGUACGAACAAGGAGGAAGCCUAUUCAAAGAUUUCCGACUUGGUGGCUUCGUUGGAUAUCAACACCAGUGAUAAACUGAGCAUUGGUUAUAGUUUGAUCAAGCAGGCACGAAGACUUUCACGUAGAAAUUCUUCAUCAGGUACAAAGUUGAUGAUAAAAGUGGAGAUAAAUUUGGAAACAGAAUACUGGUGGCAAGGCAUAGUUCCUGCGACCUGCUCAUCAAUCGCCGAGUUGGAAAACGGAAGGCUUGCAGAUUUUGCUGGGGAGGACUCUGGUGAGAAAAGUUGCCCCAUUUGCUUGGAGGAGUUUCAGGUAGUGUCUCAGGUCAAGCGGAUGCCUUGUUUGCAUAUAUUUCAUGGCCACUGCAUUGAUCAGUGGCUGAACAAGAGCCAUUACUGCCCAGUGUGCCGCUUUGAGUUGCCAGCUUCAUGUGUCAAUUUCAUGCACUAGAGAAACAUUAUUUAUCCUUGUAAUCUGUAGUAUUUUUUUUUUUU